ACCCGGACAGACGGAGCGGCGCGGCCACCCGCGCACACCAGCUCGCUCGCCUGGUCCCCCCGCGGGUGCGGGUGUCUCCGCCCACUGCAGGGCGCCCGGGCCGGCAGCGCGGGACUUGAGAGCCGGCUGGCCAGGCUGGGCACUGCGCUGGGUGCUGGAGUGCCCGCUGAGCGGAUUGCAAUGGAAAAGCAAAGAUGUCACUGUGGAUCCUUUGCUCCCAAGACCCAUUAAGGGGAGAAUAAGACCUUUGGGCUGGCUGGAACUAGCCUAAGACUACAACCCAGUCAUGGAUAUGGCAUAUGAGCCGCCCAAUGGAAGUCAACUCAUUUCCUAUCCAUUGGACAUCAAUGGUUCUGUGACAGCAGCCAAUGGCUCAAACCAGACGGAGCCCUACUAUGAUAUGACCAGCAAUGCAGUCCUCACAUUCAUAUAUUUUGUGGUCUGCAUCACUGGGUUGUGUGGCAACACGCUUGUCAUCUAUGUCAUCCUCCGCUAUGCCAAGAUGAAGACCAUCACCAACAUUUACAUCCUCAAUCUAGCCAUCGCUGAUGAACUCUUCAUGCUGGGUCUGCCCUUCCUGGCCAUGCAGGUGGCUCUGGUCCACUGGCCCUUUGGUAAGGCCAUUUGCCGGGUGGUCAUGACGGUGGACGGCAUCAAUCAGUUCACCAGCAUUUUCUGCUUGACGGUCAUGAGCAUUGACCGAUACCUGGCUGUCGUCCACCCCAUCAAGUCGGCCAAGUGGAGGAGACCCCAGACAGCCAAGAUGAUCAACGUGGCUGUGUGGGGUAUCUCUCUGCUGGUCAUCUUGCCUAUCAUGAUAUAUGCGGGCCUUCAGAGCAACCAGUGGGGGCGAAGCAGCUGUACCAUCAACUGGCCAGGGGAAUCUGGGGCGUGGUACACGGGUUUCAUUAUCUACGCCUUCAUCUUGGGCUUCUUGGUACCCCUCACCGUCAUCUGUCUCUGCUAUGUGUUCAUUAUCAUCAAGGUGAAGUCCUCUGGAAUCCGAGUGGGUUCCUCCAAGAGGAAAAAGUCUGAGAAGAAGGUCACCCGGAUGGUGUCCAUAGUGGUGGCCGUCUUCAUCUUCUGCUGGCUCCCCUUCUAUAUAUUCAACGUCUCUUCUGUCUCGGUGGCCAUCAGCCCCACUCCAGCCCUCAAAGGCAUGUUUGACUUUGUGGUGGUUCUCACCUACGCUAACAGCUGUGCCAACCCUAUCCUGUAUGCCUUCUUGUCUGACAACUUCAAGAAGAGCUUCCAGAAUGUUCUUUGUCUGGUCAAGGUAAGCGGCACUGAUGACGGGGAACGGAGUGACAGUAAGCAGGACAAAUCCAGGCUGAAUGAGACCACGGAGACCCAGAGGACCCUCCUCAAUGGAGACCUCCAGACUAGUAUCUGAACUUGCCUAAGAAACGAAUAAAUACACAAAGCUCUGCUAACCAGCCAUGUACUUACUCCCUCCCUCCUACCCACCCAGCCAUCCCAUCCUGCCUCCCUUCCUCCCUGCCAGCCCACCUGGCUUCUAGAAUAGGCAGCUGCUCAGCAUGAGUCCAAUUCAGAGAAGAGUGUUGGAGUCUGAGCUUGUCUGAGUGACUGAUAACGUAUUAAGCUGAUUACCUCCUCCCUUGAAGUGAACAUUUACAUGCAGGCAGACAAUUCAGAGUCUGGAAAAAGAAUAUUAUGCCUGGGUGUGAUCCUUGGAAUGCUGAAGCUCAACAAAAGCAGAGAAUUGUACCUGUGUAUUUGUAUGUUUAGAGCCCAGUGUGUGAUCUGCUGUUCUUACAUUGAUGCCUGUAUAUACCCCUCUAGACCCUGUACAGUCAUUACCCACAUUUCUUGUAUUCAAGUGCACAAGUCGCAAAUUCCUCUGUGUGUGUGUGUGUGUGUGUGUGUGUGUGUGUUACAGGUAGGCAUCUGUUGUAAUGUAGCAAGUAUGGAAAUGGACUUACUAUGAAGUCAAUAAAACUUAAACUUCAGGGAAUCUCUCUUACUGCUUCCUUAUGGCCGUGCAUUUUUAGAAAGAAAAAAAAAAGAAAAGAAAAAGAUAAGCAUAAGAUAUAUGUGUGUUGUUUUCUUAAAGAGGGUUUCUUAAGUCGUAUCAGCCUCCAAAAUCUGCCUCUGCCCUUGGGUAUUUGAUUCUUUCAUUUCAGGCCAAUUAGGCCAAGAUGAGAAGAGAGAACAUAUUUGAUGACCCAACACCUAAAUUCGUGUGUUUUCAAACCUUUUCAGAUUCCAUCAGAGAAUUACUCACUUAGCCAAAAAGCCGCAAGUGACUGUGGUCACAGCCUGCUAUAUUUACACGGGUUACAUGUCUUUUUCUUAGGGAGCCAUGGCUCUAGGAGGCCAGUAAAA